GAAGUCAGUGCUGGUGUUUUCAGGUUGUUCAGACCUGAAAUCUAAGGGAAAAAAGCUCAGCGUCUGCGUCGCUGCUCCUGCCGCUCGCUGGUGGUGGUAGCGGUGAAGAGGAGAGAGGGUUGGUUUUGUUUUGUUGUUUUUUUUUCUUUUUUCUUUUAUUCAAUGGAUCUGAACUUGGAGUCUUUGGACCUCGGUGGUUUUGGAAUAUCUACGUGCUGAUCCUCUUUGUUGUGGCAUAUCAGUUCGUUUGGGGAAACCAUCCGAAGGCAGCAAGAUGUUUCUCGCUAUCUUGUACUUCGCUUUGCCCUUAGUGGAUGUACUUUUGUCGGCAGAAGUCAGUGGGCUGCCUGGAGGUGACCGCUUGGAUUGCGUGAAAGCCAGCGAUCAGUGUCUCAAGGAGCAGAGCUGUAGUACUAAAUUCAGGACACUGAGGCAGUGUGUAGCCGGCAAAGAGAGCAACUUCAGCCGGGCGACGGGCCUGGAGGCAAAGGACGAAUGCAAAAGCGCCAUGGAAGCUCUCAAGCAGAAAUCUCUCUACAACUGCCGCUGUAAGAGGGGCAUGAAGAAGGAGAAAAACUGCCUACGCAUUUAUUGGAGCAUGUACCAGAGUUUACAGGGAAAUGACUUGCUUGAAGAUUCCCCUUAUGAACCAGUUAACAGCAGACUAUCAGACAUAUUCAGGCUAGCACCAAUUGUAUCAGUGGAGCCAGUGCUUUCAAAGGGGAACAAUUGCUUGGAUGCAGCAAAAGCUUGUAACCUAAAUGAUACCUGCAAGAGGUUCAGAUCUGCUUACAUAACCCCCUGCACCAGCAGCACGUCUAAUGAAAUCUGUAACAAGCGGAAGUGUCAUAAGGCCCUCCGGCUAUUUUUUGACAAAGUUCCCCCAAAGCACAGCUACGGGAUGCUCUUCUGCUCCUGUCGAGACGUAGCCUGUACAGAAAGGAGGCGGCAGACUAUUGUUCCUGUGUGUUCAUAUGAGGACAGGGAGAAACCAAACUGCCUGAAUUUACAAGAAUCCUGCAAGAAGAAUUACAUCUGCAGAUCUCGCCUUGCAGAUUUCUUCACAAACUGCCAGCCUGAGUCACGGUCUGUUAGUAGCUGUCUGAAGGAGAACUAUGCUGACUGCCUCCUCGCUUACUCGGGGCUUAUUGGCACAGUGAUGACACCAAACUACAUCGACUCAAAUAGUCUCAGUGUUGCCCCAUGGUGUGACUGCAGCAACAGCGGUAAUGACAUAGAUGAAUGCCUGAAGUUUCUGAAUUUCUUCCAGGACAACACAUGCCUUAGCUUUCCUGAGGAGCCCCGUACCCCUGAAGCCCCGGAGGAAGUCAGGACAAAGGAGGAGUUUGCCUUGGUAGAUGAAGACUGGGUUAAGGAACGGUUAA